AUGAACAUAGUGCAUUCACCAUAUUAUUUUCUAGAAACUGCAACUUGGAGCUUACUUAGUUAUUUAGAGUACAGAGAACACACAGAAGAUUUUACAAGAGAUAAAUCAUUAGAGCACCAGUUUUAUGUUAAAGAUCUUGAAUACCUUCAGAAAAAUCCCGAAGAAUAUCCACAAGCCGAACAAGCUAAACAGUGUCUUCUUAAUUUUCAGUUAAUUGAGUGCGCCUUGGUUGAUGAGUGUAGGGUGCGAGUGUUAAGAUACGCUCUGGUUUCUAUUGAUGCGAUUGAAUAG